AUGUACGUGGUAGAGAGCAAAGGAGGCGCAAUUGGGUGUAUGGUGGGGGCGCUAGUGCUGCUGGGGAAUUGGCCGGCCAUACUUGCCCAGCUCGAGCGCCGUGGCAGACUUCCUCAGCACACCUACCUCGACUACUCCUUCACCAACUUCUUCACCGCUUGCUUCUUAGCCUUCACCAUCGGUCAGAUAGGGGAUUCCCCCGGCCCUGCCAUGCCCAAUUUCCUCACCCAGCUUCACCUUUCUCGGGACAAUUGGCCCUGCAUUUUGAUUGCCAUGGCUGGUGGCGUGUUUCUCAGCCUCGGGAAUUUGUCCAUGCAAUAUGCUUUGGCCUUUGUCGGGCUUUCGGUCACAGAGGUUACCACAUCAAGUAUUGCGGUUGUUUUGGGGACAACCUUAAACUAUUUUCUGGACGACCGGAUCAAUAGGGCCGAAAUACUGUUUCCUGGAGUCGGAUGUUUUCUCGUUGCAGUUUGUCUUGGCUCAGCCGUUCAUUCUUCUACUGCGGCAGAUGACGCAGCAAAACUCAAGGAACUUUCCGGUGCUUGCUUGGAUAGCACAAAGUAUGACAUUGAAAAUGGAAGUCACGGGGAUGAGCGAGAGCGACUUGGGUCGGCCCGCCAUCUCAUCGAGCUCGAGAACAACCGAGCAAUUAAGGUGUUGGGUAAGAGUAUAUGGGUGGGUCUUGGCAUAACCUUGUUUGGCGGCAUGUGUUACGCCCUAUUCUCCCCUGCUUUCAACCUGGCCACCAACGACCAAUGGCAUGCGAUGAGACACGGAGUAGCCCACCUCGUUGUGUACACGGCCUUCUUCUAUUUUUCCCUCUCUUUUUUCGUUGUUGCGCUUCUUCUCAACAUAUGGUUCCUUUACCGACCUCUACUUAACCUGCCCAAAUCCUCCAUUAAGGCAUACAUUAGAGAUUGGAAUGGGCGAAAUUGGGCGCUUUUGGCGGGUGUCGUUUGUGGAUUGGGGAACGGGCUGCAGUUCAUGGGAGGUCAAGCUGCAGGUUAUGCAGCAGCAGAUUGUGUCCAGGCUCUCCCACUGGUAAGCACGUUUUGGGGAAUAGUGGUUUUAGGGGAGUACCGGAGAUCGUCCAAGCGGACAUAUGUAUUGCUGGUGAGCAUGUUGAUAAUGUUCAUUGUGGCCGUUGCUGUGCUAAUUGCUUCAUCUGGACACCGAAAAGCUAGCAGCUAA